UUGGGUUUCUGCGUUAGUGUGGACGGUGACUGGAGUCUCUCACUUCAUCAGAAGCUCGUUCAAGAGCUUAGCAGUCCGACAGCACGGGAGUGUGCGAGCACACCGGCAUCAGACUCCGGUAGAGUCGGUGUUUUUCUGCCGAGAGCUUCAACAGGUGCAGCAGACCGUCAGGUUUGGUUGUGAGUGUGUGUGUGUGUGUGUGUGUGUUUGCGUGUCGGGCCGGCGAGCCCUGUGCGCUCUGGCGUGUAUGAAUGGAUCAGGUUGGCAUGGGGAACGCAGAACACCAGGGGGCGCUGGCAAAGGGCGAAGUGUUGCCACGCCCUGCCUCCAGCCAAUCAGAGGGUUUUAAACCUCGCUCGGUCUUGAACUCUUUGCUCUCGGGGGCGUUUGCAGGAGCCGUGGCCAAAACAGCCGUGGCCCCGCUGGACCGAACCAAGAUUAUCUUCCAAGUGUCGUCGAAUAGAUUCUCCGCCAAGGAGGCGUACAAGUUAAUUUACCGCACGUAUCUGAAGGAUGGCUUCUUGAGUCUGUGGAGGGGAAACUCGGCUACGAUGGUGCGCGUCAUUCCAUACGCUGCCAUCCAGUUCUGCGCUCAUGAACAAUACAAGAGGAUUCUGGGACAGUAUUAUGGCUUCCAGGGCAAAGCUCUGCCGCCUGUGCCGCGGCUGCUGGCGGGGUCUCUGGCGGGAACCACGGCUGCCCUGAUCACAUACCCACUGGACAUGGUCCGCGCUCGCAUGGCUGUCACACCCAAAGAGAUGUACAGUAACAUCCUGCACGUGUUCGUGCGAAUCUCUCGUGAGGAGGGGCUGCAGACGCUCUACAGAGGAUUCACUCCCACCAUCCUCGGCGUCGUGCCGUACGCGGGACUCAGCUUCUUCACCUACGAGACGCUCAAGAAGCUCCACGCAGAGCACACGGGCCGCUCUCAUCCGUACUCGUACGAGCGUCUGGCGUUCGGUGCGUGCGCAGGAUUGAUCGGUCAGUCGGCCUCUUACCCGCUGGACGUGGUGCGCAGACGCAUGCAGACGGCGGGAGUCACCGGACACACCUACGGCAGCAUCUCGGGCACCAUGCGGGAGAUCGUGACGGAGGAGGGCGUGAUCCGCGGCCUCUACAAGGGCCUGAGCAUGAACUGGGUCAAAGGGCCCAUCGCUGUCGGCAUCAGCUUCAUGACCUUCGACCUCAUGCAGAUCCUGCUGCGCAAACUUCAGCAGUUGGGCUACAAUGCGCGGUAGCAGACGGCGGCGCCCUCUACAGGAACAGGAAGUUGCAGUUGCAAGAAAAAUGGAACAAAUGUGUAUUUUGUGUUGUUUUUAGUUUUUUUUAACCUGAGCAAAUGCUGCCAAUGAAGAGGAUGGGAAAUGCCUGGCGUCAUGUGACUAGUCUAAGACUAGCAAAAGCAUAUGUGCACUGCAAAAAUUAUUAUUUUUUUUGUUUAAAUGUCUUGUUUUCCAUUACAAACCUCUAAACAGUUAUAA